AUGGACUCGGACGCGAGCCUGGUGUCGAGCCGCCCUUCGUCUCCGGAGCCCGAUGAGCUCUUCGUGUCGGCCAGGAGCAAGAGCGGCGGGGGAGGCUUCUCGGCCGGCGGCGCCGUCUCCAGUUCGACGCCCAGCGAUUGCCCGGCCGAGCUGAGCGCGGAGCUGCGCAGCGCCAUGAGCGCCGCCGGGGUGGUGGUGGUGGACAAGCUGGCUUUCAAGUCGCCCUCCUCCUCCUCCUCUUCUUCCUCCUCUUCCUCCUCCUCCUCUUCCUCGGCGUCCAAGAAGGACAAGAAGCAAAUGACGGAGCCGGAGCUGCAGCAGCUGCGCCUGAAGAUCAACAGCCGGGAGCGCAAGCGGAUGCACGACCUGAACAUCGCCAUGGACGGGCUGCGGGAGGUCAUGCCUUACGCGCACGGCCCUUCGGUGCGCAAGCUCUCCAAGAUCGCCACCCUCCUCCUGGCGCGCAACUACAUCCUGAUGCUCAGCAACUCGCUCGAGGAGAUGAAGCGCCUGCUCAGCGAGAUCUACGGCGGCGGCCACCACGCCAGCGGCUUCCACCCCGCCGCCGCCGCCGCCGCCGCCGCUUGCUCGGGGAGCCUGGUGGGCCACGCCGCCGCGCCUCUGCCGACUCACCCGGCUUCCCACGCCGUGCACCACCCCAUCUUGCACUCCCCGGCCGCCGUCUCCAGCGCUUCCCUGCCGGGCUCCGCGGGGCUGUCGGCCGUCGGCUCUCUCCGACCCUCCUCGCACGGCUUGCUCAAGUCUCCGCCGAGCGCUGCGGCCGCGGCCGCCGCCGCCGCCGCUGCAGCCGCCGCCGCCGCCGCGGCUCCGCUAAGCAGCGGCUUCCAGCACUGGGGCGGGAUGCCGUGUCCCUGCAGCAUGUGCCAGGUGCCGGUCCCGUCGCACCACCACGUCUCCGGCCUGAACGCGCCCAACCUGCCCAGACUGACCGGCGACGCCAAAUAA